UUCCAGUCGUAGCGACGUCAUGUCCACCCGAGCGGCUGCCAAACCCACGGCAGUACUAGACGCACUCGACCCAAAGGAGGUCGCAACGCAGUACCUCCAGGCCAACAAACUCAACGAAGUGUUCCGGGAGCUGUGCACGUUGGUACUGCACCGACGACCAGCGAACCCGCGCGAAUUUUUGAUUGAGCAACUGGAGGCCAUGCGUUCCGCCCGUGAAAAUCGAAAUGCGACGUCAUUCUUUAACGAAACAGACCUCGGCACCAUGUUUACCAUGUUCGACGUGACCAACCAAGGCACAAUCUCCAUUGCUCAAUAUGACCAAGGAUUGAAGUGCUUGGGUAUCGAACGGCCCACGUUGCGGCUGCCUGAAUCCAUCCAUCGAGUGGACCGAACGCUGUUUGUACGCAGCAUGACCCAAGAACUCAAGAACAACUCGUACUUGUAGUUACCGCCCUGUUGGUUGGAUUCACAAGUUUCCAUAACACCCAUUCAAACACAAA